AUGGCUGGACGCGCCCCCCACGGUACAUACGAACAGGAGCGUUGCUAUUUCAUGACCACGCUGCAUGCUCAGAUUCACAUUCUCAAGGAUAGAGACUAUGAGAGGAACGUGACGAUGGUUAUCAAUUCUCUGGAUGUGCUUCUUCGGCGAGUUGCGCGUCUGAGAAUGGCCGGACAGGCUCAUUUUAACUUUGACAACUCUAGUUGGACAGCCAAGUGCAAUAAGCUCCAUGAACGGUUGGAAUACUUUAUUGAUACUCUCGAUCGAGACAAUAGCAGUGCCCACAGAGUCGCAAGGGAUAUCGAGAGCAUGUUGCUCUUUGUGGACUUUUGUAUCCCUAGGGAUGCCCAGUACACCCUUGGACCAGAUCGAAGUGACCGUAGCGGUGCCCCAUCACCUGAGCCUAGACCUUAA